GUGAUAUUUGGUGUAGAUUGAUGUUAGUCUUAUGUUUACCUUGCAGCCCUAUCACAAAACGGUUCAUGAUUUGCCCCCAGUGCAGAACUUUUGGGAAUGAUUUUAAGCCUUGCGGGGCCCCCCCUGUCAAAACUCCAGGCCCCGUCUAGGGGUCACAUCCUGUGACUGUGAUUGCUUACUUCAAAAAUUAAAGAGAUCUGAGUCAAACAUCAUUCAAGAUAUUUCCCGAGACAUUGCAGCUUUUCAUCCUGGCCUUUGAUUUACAUUGACUGAGUAGAUUUGUCUUCUCCUUACUUUAAGACCUUAUUUUGAGAAGGGGUAUUGCCAUUCCCUUUAGUGUUUUCGCUGAGAAACUAUACUCGCAAGGCCUGAGGCGGUCUGGGCCAGAACAUCACAAAAUAUCUAUAUCAAAAGUUAUUAAAAGAAAGUGGUCUUGUAAUGCCCAAGUGUUGUCAAGAAAGGUCUGAUCAAAUCUGAACACCACUUCAUCCUCUAGCUUUCAACCAUCUGGCCUCAAGAGUUCCCCCCUUCCAUGGCCAGGGUACCAUGGGUGGUAUCUAUGCUGUUACUACUGAUGCUCCACUCUCCAAGGGCGUCCCCGGCUCCCACCCAGCACCUGUGUGGCUCCCACCUGGUGGAUGCUCUGUACUUUGUUUGCGGGGAGCGAGGCUUUUUCUACAGUCGCAGCCGCCCAUACAAGAGGGAUCUCGAUCAUCUGCUCGGGUUCCUGUCUAAAAGGGCCGGACAAGAGCAGCGGCUGAUGAAGGCUCGGGAGGAGCCCAAGGUGAAGAGAGGCAUCGUGGAGCAGUGCUGUCAUAAGCCAUGCAGCGUUUACCACCUGGAGGGCUACUGCGACUGACCCCUCACUCCACACAACUAGCACCACUGGUAGCAUGUAAAAAGUCCACUUCUGAGCAAAUUGUUGCUGGUAAUGUUUAAUCAAGUGAAGGAAAUAAAGCUUCAUGACCCAUAACACAGA